AUGCAGCCCGAGUCGGAAAAGCCGAAGCGGCCUCCUAGGAAGCACGUCACGACGGCUUGUGUUCCUUGUCGCGAGAGCAAGAUCAGGUGCGACGGCGCUUCUCCGAAUUGCAACAACUGCGAAAGGAAGGGGAAACACUGCAAGUACCAGCAUGGGGACGAUAAACGGAAAGUUUCGCUCCGCGCAGCAACAGAGCUGUUCUCCGCUCGAAUUGACCAGCUUGUUCAAUUCAUCUACGAUCAAGGCCUGGAGCCGCCCCCGAUGAAGCCCGAGGACGAAUCCGGGAUCAACCGGGUGCUCGACACACUGCAGAUACCGCGGGGGGUAGCGAAGACGAAGGGUUCUCCAGUAUCUCAGAAGCUCGAUCUGCAACCGGCGCCAGCUCAACCAUCAGUACCAGCACCGGAACCGCAACAAAAUCAGCAUCCGCAUCCUGUUUCCGCUCUCAAGGUGCAGCCCGUACUUGAGCAAUCGUCCGAAGCGCCACUCCCAUCGCAGGGGAUCCUGCCGAAUCAGAAUACUGCGCCAGCUAUGAACAAUCACCAGGACUCGCUGAGUCCCUUCGGGUUCCCGUUACCUCAGACGAGUUGGGAAUUUGCGCUUCCGACCGCUGAAAGUCUCGACUCGCUAUAUGUGAACAUGAAUGGGGGAUACAACAACACAUCUCCCGAGAACUAUACUCCCGACAGCCUUCAACUAUCUCAAGACAUGGCGCAGCAGCCAGGGGCUCUCCUCGAACAAGCACGCAUGGACAGAGAAGAGGACAGCGACAGCGGCGAAGAAGACGAAGCAGAAAAGGACGUCAUUGAACAGAUCUCCCAUCGAAUAGGAACGCUGAAAAUCGCGGGCGAUGGGCAUCUGCGAUUCUUUGGUGCGACGUCUAACCUUAACCUCGUGGAUGUCUCUGCGACGCAGCAGCGCCAGCGUCCCGAUGCACGAACCGUGCGUCAUGAUGGACAGGAUAUACUGAACCACCUGCGCGUCGGACAGCCGGUGGACCAGGCACUUGAAGACCACCUUCUAGAGCUGUUCUUUACGUGGCAGAACCCCAGCACCUACGUCGUCGACAAAGAGAUGUACAUGACCGCUCGAUCGAAAUGGAGGGACGAAUUCGACGACACGCCGUUCUACUCCGAAGUCCUUACCAACGCCAUGUGCGCUAUCGGAAGUGCAUUUGAAGCGCGGUACCACCCUACCUUUAUCACCUUUCCAAAAUCGCUAUCCGAGUUCUUUGCGGACAGAGCAAAGGCGCUGCUGGAGAUUGAGCUGGACUCGCCCUGUGUUGCCACCGUGCAGGCACUCGUCAUUUUGAGCUGCCAUGAAGGAGCGUCGAAUCGUGAUGCGCGUGGCUGGCUUUAUAGCGGAAUGUCAAUGCGGCUGGCCUUCGAUCUUGGUCUGCAUCUGGAUAUGACACCAUACGUUGAGAGAGGAGAUAUGAGUGCGUUCGAGGCCGAUGUCCGGCGGAUAGCGUUUUGGGGGAGUUACGCUGCGGAUCAUUUCUGGGGCUUCUACUUAGGCCGGCCCUUCCGGAUGAAUGCUGGCGAUAUCACCGUGCCCAAACCUGCAUCGGGCUUGGUGAUCGGCAAAGAGGAGACAUGGCGCCCCUACGGGCUUUCCACGAACCAAGAAGCGUUCGGCGGUGCAUUGAGGAACCCGAAUGAGCUCAUAAGCAGGCAGUUUGCCGUACUGUGGGAGAUUAUCUCUCCGCUCGGCCACGUACUGUAUGGAUGCUCUGAUAUACCACGUCAUGAACUCCAGAGGUUCUGCCAUCGAGUCACUGAUGACCUGUUUGCCUGGAAAGCCAACCUCCCCUCCAUCCUCGACAUCAACCUCGCGGACGACGUGACACCCCGAUUGCCUCACCUCCUCAUGCUACACCUCCAAUACCACCAGAUCGUAAUCUUCACCCAUCGCCCCUGGGUCUCAAAAAGCUACAUCCAACCCCGCAGUCCCCGGCAAGGCCCAGGCUACCACCACGCGCGCAAAAUGUGCAUCGAAUCCUCCAUCGCCAUCGCGCGAAUCCUCCACAUUUACGAAAAACACUACACCUUCCGCCGCAUGAACAACCAGGUCGUCUCAAUGAUCUUCAGCGCGGCUUUGAUCCUCCUCUACGUCACCAUCUCUACCACCCCGCUCUCCAGCAGAACUGGCCUCGAGCUUGGAGAUAGUAGGACGGAGAUGGUCGCGUACCUAAAUCUCUGCUUCCGCGCUCUUGACGACCUCGGGCAGUCGUUUGAGAAUGCGAAACGUACUCGCGAUUUCCUGGUUAGUCUGCAGCGACGCUGGCAAGCGCGCAUGCAGCGGUCUGGUGCUAUGAAGCGCCAGAUGAGUAGCCACCGGCCACCACAAUUACAAUCCGCUGCGAGAGACACGGCGAGCUCCAUGCGCGAUCCAUCCGCCACCCGCAAAAAGACACGCCUUACACCUCCCAGUCAUAACAGACCUCAUGGACGUACAAACACGACAUCAUCUUUCCCCGUCUCCACGUCCCCUCCACGCACAUUCUCACCACCGGACCACGACCUCAACCCUUCCCAACAUGAAACCGGUCAAGACCUUCACAUUCCCCAAAACACAAAUCCCCUAACGCACGCCCAACAAAACGACAUCGACUCCUGGAUCCGCGACUCGGAACUUGGUCUUCUCCCCGAUAACAUUACCGAGCCUACAGGGUCUGCCGGUGUACAUGUACCCGGGAUGCCAGGGAUUCCGCGGGUGAAUGGUCCUGGAGCUACUGCGGGUAGCUCUAUUGAUGCAGAUAUCGAUGAUGUGGAUGUGGGAUUGCCAAGUUUGGCAGAUAUAGACCCCUGGUGGGAUUCCUCGGAGGGAACUGGGAAUGUAAACUCGAAUGUGGCGGCGUUUGGGUCUUCGUUGUAGAUGGGACUGUUGAAAUGGAUUAUGAUGGUACUAGGUAUGCAGGAGCUUGUUGUUCAUGGUUGGCAUCUAGACGACUGCGUAUAGAGAUAGAUAAGGAGUUUCUUGGUCUCGCUUAGGUUGACAACCUCAUUCAACCUUCAUGGUUCCCAGGAUGCCUGCUCGGGGCUCUUGCUAGAUAUUGGAACACUACAUUGCCUUCUUGCAGUUAGUCAAUCAGUCCUUUCAGCCAGUCGAUCUGGGCAAGAAAAGGGAAAAAAGGGGUGGGCUCCACAACUCAAUCGCCCCAGCACAAAGAAUACAAAAAAAAAAAGAAAUGCUUUGCAUCAUCCGUGAAUCGAACAC